ACCGUGACACCCCAUAAGCGUGGAAAAUGAUUUUUCCUCGCUGCUAGCCGUCUCAUUGAGUGACACGACCUUCAUGUGUACACACCGUUGAAUUGAUUGAGUAAACAUAGAACACAAAGGCAAAAGUGCUAUGCGAAGCAGUUUUACACCCCGUCAGAGGUCAUAACAAUCGAUACAGGGAUUUGAUUUUAUUCCGUGUAAAAGUUUGUUAGCGAGAUGUACCAUGGGAUGUACUCCAUCAAGCACGGCGGUCGAAGAAGAAAGCUCCGAUCGGAACACUCCUGUGCGAAGAAUUGGGAAUACGUUCGCUGGAGUACCGGACGAUUUGUUCCUAGUAGAGGAUGCAGUGUCAAAGCCAGUAGAAAUCGCACCCCACGCGUAUCAACAGCUGGACGAGGAAAUAUGCGCCCUCGAGAGCACUUGUCCCGGACCUCGCCUGUUGACCGCGGAAGCGUGGCUUGAACACCUGGAAACUGUAUUCGAGAAAUCUGAUGCUACUAGUGACCUGUAUGAACGUGAUUUGAUUAUGGAUGUAAGGUUAAAUGAAGUACCAAACGGAAUAGUUGGCAUGCCCAUGACGGAAAUGGAAGCUGCUGAAUCGAUUUCAAAUCGUAGUAGAGAUGAUACGGCUAAGGUUCGUCGUUUGGCCUUAAAAUUGGACAUAGCAGUAGAUCCAGUGAAAGCAGCACGUCAAGAGGAGUUUAUAGCCCGGAUUUCACGUUCUGCAAUGGCACUUGAAGCUAAAAGUUAUCAGGCAGAUACGGUUGAGCACUGUCGUACGCGAAUUCGACAGCUUCGACAGAGCUUCAUACGACUUCAGGCCCUUUAUUUGGAGUUGGAUCGAUUGAUUGCCAUGGCAAAUAAUGGAACCUACUUUUCGUCCCAAGAGCAACAUCUUGACGAGGAACUUGAGUCUGCGCGGGAAAUUCGGGAUCGUUUGGGAGGAGUUUCCGAGCAAUGGCGAACGGCUGGACUGUUGAUGAGAGCUGCACAAAAAGGACUUCUUCAAGCGGUGAAAUAUUGGAAUCUAGUCGGUCAGACAUCUACAGCGCCAGAGAAAAUAGCUUUGGCUUUAGACUGUCGUUCGGUUUGCCACGGAGCAUUGAUUGCUCUCGAAAUUGCUCAGGCGGCCCUACCGCAGGUUGAGAUUCCUUUCGUAACGCUUCGGCAGCAAUCAGCUGUUAAACAUGGCUUGAUCUACAUGCUGACAGACAUGAUUAAUCCAUCACGGUAUCGUCACACCAAGAAUGUGUUAGAGGGAUUUCAAGCCAACGUUGAAAAGUCAGUAAAGUGGCUCCAUGAUACGUUUAACGAAACACUGAAAAAGGAUUUUGAUGAAUCAGAUCAAGCAGUGAUAUCUAUAGCCAAGAAAUUAAGAGAAAUAAGAAAGCAGUACAUCACUCAACGGAUGGGAUACAAGCCCUAUGUUAGACCUGCUAUGGGGAAAACCGACAAGCGGUAGCAUUGAUUUCAGUCGCAUGACGUAUUUUUCGAUAUAUUUACAAUAAAGAAUUACAACUAUUA